GAGGUCGAGUGCAGAAAACAAGCCCUGGCGCUGAAAGGCUUGCUGUUGAGGUCCCUUUGUGUGAACCACCCGGUGACCUUCUUCAGUGGCCUGUGCUUGUCAUUGGGCAUCAAAGGGAAGGCCCCUAAGGGCAAUGCAGCAACCUUGCUAGUGGACCAGGACUUCUCCCUGCAUUUCUCCAGCUGCGUCAUGAGUUCUGCUGCGGCGGCAUUGAAGGAUCGUCAUGACCUUCGGGAAGAAGAGGAAGAGGAUGAUGAGGAGGGGCCGAAGUGGACUCCGCUGUGUGCUGCAGUGAGCGAACACGUCUGCAAGCGCUUCCUCUCUAGCGAGGGCGACUGCGAGGUGAUGUCCCGUGCCUGGCAUUUGCUGGGCGAUCUUUGCCGUUUCUCUAGGGGUCAAGCGUAUGGACCCCUUUUGUCGUUGGCUUUGCCAAAAGCGGGUGCUUUUCUGGCCUUGGACACGUUGGACGCAGCAGGGGCCAGCGCGGCCGUUGCUUGCUGCCAGUGUGUGCGCAGCAUCGUCAGCUCCUUGGGCCAUGGCAUUUUGGAGCGACUCAAAGACAUUGUCAAGCCGCUCUUGGCAUUGGCUUUGCAGCCAAAGGCCAUAGAGAGCGAAGUGGACCUGGAUGGCGAGGUGCUACUGACACUCUCGGCACUCUGCAGAUCGGUUGGCGGAUUCUUGUCGCCUUUCUUGAAGAAGUUCCUAGAGGUGGCUUGCAGCCCUGCCACGCUGGAAAGGUCCAAAGCCUUGCAGGAUCUGGGCAAGGACUUGGUUGAGGGUGUGCCACAUCGGUUGCUUCUUAAAGAAGUACAAGCCGCCACAGUGGAUCCCUUCAAAGGUGAUGGCGAACUCGAAGAGGGGCUGCUGCGAAGUCAGAGGCUGGUUUGCUUCUACCUUUGGAUCCUGAAGAAGGCGACACCAGAGUUUGUGGCAGCGCAAGAUAUGAUGCCAGCCUUGUUGCGGCUCUUUGGCAUCUCCGGUAGCGCUGUCAACAGCUUCCUCAGGCAGCCGGCGCCCGACGGCAGUGCCAUCGACGCGCAGGAGAUCCCCGUGAGGUUGCUGAAGCGCGAUUUGAUGCCAAGCCUCAUUACCAGCUCUUCCAUUGAGGACCUCUCCUGGGCCAACGUUGCGCAUGCUGCCUCACUCAACCAGCUGCAGUUGCUGGGGGGCGCUGCCUUCGCGCGCUUCUGCCUCUUCUUGGAGCCUGAGGAGGUGAAGACCCGCAUCGCCAAGGUCCUUGACUGGGCUCGUGGCAAGCAAGAGAGGCUUCUCAGCAGGCCAAAGGCAGAGCCCAAAGAUGAGGAUGCGUCCAAAGCACUGGCGCUCCUCGCGGCCCUGACAACUCUCACCGCAGAGGCCGAUGGCCUAGCUGAGGAGCUCCUGAUGCCUCUCACUUCCAAGGAUAUCUCCUCCGCCCUCCAGUCUUGUCAUGCCCUUGCGCUGCGUUUGGUCAAGGAGAAGGCGCCCAAAAAGAAGCGAAGGCUGUCGCAGCCACGCGCCGCCAAGGAGGUGUUAAGUGGACACAGCUGGUGGUGGUUUGAUGUGGCCACCAGCUGCUUGAAGUUCCUCGCUUUGGCAUUCAAACAAGGAUCCACAAAACAUGCCCGUGAAGAGGUGAAGAUCUGGGGAGAAUCGCUUGAGGAUCUGCAGGACGUGACGGUGGCGAUCUUUGAUCUCUUUGAGUUCCUCCCUUCGGACGACCUCACUGGCGCUUUGUCUCAGGCCCUUCAGUCCGCCUUGGUGGCGAUGACUAGUGCCGCACCUGGCGAUGCUGUGAAGCGCCUCAUGCAGGCAAUUCUGGAGAAGACCCGAGGUGAAGAUGCCGAGGUGAAGCUUCAGGCGCUCCGAUGCGCGCAUCGCAUGUGGACCGACCUGGGCGUUCAGGUGGUGACCUGCCUCUCGGAAGUGAUCAUGUACACCUCAGAGCUCCAGGAUGACGAGGACCCACGAGUGGAGUCAGCAGUGAAAGCUUUGGUGAGAACCAUCGAGGACUGCACAGGUGAAAGUCUUCAAGAAGCCAUGCAGACUUAGACGGUAACAGCCGCGAGUGUCGCUGAAGUGUACAUUUCUGAUGGGAUGCUAAGACGGUGCACUGCCGGAACCGCAAGGUGCAAGGCAGCUGUGCCGCGGUCCCUGACAUUGCUUAUCCGUUCGUCUCACCGAAAGCGAGAGAAGCCGAAAAAGAAAAAAGUCUACUAGCGAUGGGCUCCAACCUAAGAGCUUCCUUGCUCCUAGUAGUACGGC